AUGGUCUCGGGUUGCCAAACAACCGAUGCCUAUACACCCUUUCAUUUCUCUGAUCUUCUUCAUUUCCACGGCCCAACAUCUUCUUCUUCCCUCGUGCUCUCACUUCUUCUCCCUCCGUGCUCUCCCAUUCUUCCCUCAGUGCUCUCACUUCUUCUCCCUCCGUGCUCUCCCAUUCUUCCCCUUCGUUCUCUUCCAUUCUUCCCCUCUGUCACAACUGUAGCCUUCGCCGUUGUAGCCUCCUCCGCCGCUGCCUCCUCCGCUGCUACCUCCGCCACUACUGCUUCCAUCGGCGAGCCCUCCGUCGUUGCUGCCUUCGCCGCUGCUGUCUUCGUCGCUCUCGAUCCACCAGUCCAGAUCGCCAUCGCCAAGCCGCUCCAGAUCGGCGAGCCCUCCGUCGUUGCUGCCUCCGCCGCUGCUGGCUCCGUCGCUCUCGAUCCACCUCCGCCAUUCUUCCCCUGUAUAUCUUCAUCUUCAUCCACCGCUCUAGAUCCACCGCCGUCCAUCUACUCUUGUUCGUCUGCCUCUUCUUCAUAUCUUGUUCGUUGCAGAAGUUUAACCAUGUUAGAUUUGUGA